ACCACCACCCGCAGACAAUCUUUCUCAAUCUCUCUACUCUCUACCCUCUACUCUCUACGACUGCGCAUUUCGCGCAGACAGAAGCAGACCAAAAGCAGACGCAUAAGCAGACGUGCCAUCUACUUCGCACCGGACCAAGCUAAACCUCCAGAACUCUCAUUAGUAACGUCCGAUAACUGACGCUGUUGACAAUCUGCACUUGUUAAGUAAGCCCAACGGAGUUUUCUUGGAUCAGAGUUUUUCGCAAUCUAAGACGACUGAUUGAGACAUGAUUCAGCAGACAGUAAGACACUGGCAUUGUUGAAUUGUUUAAAAAUGAUCUGAACAAAAACUUGGACAUUCCGGAGAACUCUUCAGGAAAUUUUCUGUGUGACGUCAGUGAUUAACGUGUAUUUCUUGAGUAAGACACGUAGUUUGGCGUGACGUACUGAGGUGACGUCAUACACAAAUUUUAAUUCUUGAACACAAACACAAGACAACGACAACAACAUUGACAGUCAUGUCGAUGAACGCGCACCCUGUGAACCAUCAGCUCCACCGGCGAGUGGACGAAUUGCCCCCAAUCUGGAAAAACCGACUGGACAGAGGUAUCCACCUACGCCUGUACCGUAACGGUGACCACAACUACCCGGGCAAGUCUGUCAUCCUCAACAAGAAGCAGUUCAGGACGUUCGAGUCGUGGCUCUCCGAGCUGUCAAACUCCAUGCGCCUGCGCAACGGCGCCAUCUGGCGGGUAUACACGCCCACUCACGGGACCAGGAAGGAUGACUUCAAUGAUAUAGAGGAGGGACAGAGCCUUGUGGUGGCGGGCCAGGAGCGCUUCAAGCCCCUCAGAUACGACCAGAUUACUGCAUCAGAAAGGAAAAGGUCACCUCCUUUCAAAUAUGACGCAGACCCGGUGUACCAUUCCAGGCAAUACCAGAGCUCGGGCAAAAUCCACAAAUGCGAGACCCACUCCAUUUUGAUCAAACUCCAUUUCCUGAACGGCAUCAAAGUGGUGGACCCAGACCAGAUUUCCCAGAAUGGGGAGUACGUCGCCUGCCGGCGGAACGAACGGUUCAUCAAGGCCAGAUACACGGAGUUUGGCACCAAGAACAUCUCCACCUCCCCCAGGCUGGAGAGGAAACGACGCCGAGCAGCCCCCAGGCGGGAGGAGGACCAGGUGUUCCCGGCCAAGCCUGUCAAACACACGCGCAGCUCGGACCGUGUCCGGACUGUGGACCUUGACAAAGAUGAAGGCGGGGUCUUCAAAGCCAAGCAGAACAAUAGGACCACAAGAGGGGCGAGGGAGGUACAGGACACUAGACACACUCGUACUGAGCUACCUGUCGAUCAGCGGGAGGCGAGGGAGGUGGAGGAAGAAAAAACUGAUCAUAGAAGGCAGCAAGCACCACCACCACCACCACAACAACAACAACAACAACAACAACAACCAACUCGCCAUCGUGGCGGUGUGCAGGCCAAACCUAACAGCCGACGUCCCCCUGCACCAGCUAAAGACACACAACAGCAGCAGCAGCCGCAGCAGCAGCAGCAGAAGCAGCAGCGAAACAAAGACUUGGAGUUCAAGAGAAACCAGUCUGCCACCAAGAUCCAAGCCAACUACCGUGGCUACAAAGCCAGGCGGUCAAUGAAUCAACAAACCAAAGACAAGAAGAAAGAACCCCAGGAAACUGACCAUUCCCAGAGCAACUAUCACGGACAGCGGAGUCUGAACGCGUCACGUGACAGCCAGAGAGCCUCCAGGAGGAGUCCGAAAGAGGAGCCGCGGCGCAGUCCCCAAGUGGACGCACGCCGGAGUCCUAAUGUAGCAUCACGUGACAGACAGAGGCGGCAGCAGGAGGAGGAGGAGGAGGAGCAGGCCCGGGCCGCAGCCAAGAUUCAGGCCGGCUACAGAGGUCACCAGACCAGGAAAAACAGGCAGGACCAGCGUGACCCCACCCCGGAGAGGAGCACCCAGCCAGAUAGGUCAAAGGAUGAGGGUCAAGGCCGGAACCGGCAGGAGACUUUGAAUAGCAUGUUCGAGGAGGAUAUGGCGGCGGCCAAGAUACAGGCAGGUUACCGAGGUCACCAGACGAGGAAGAGGCUGAGGGAGGAAAAGGAAGCGGCCGAGAAGAUACAGGCGGGAUACAGAGGUCAUAGUACAAGGUCUCAGCGCAGCAGGGGUCGAAACAACAAUGACGAUGAUCUGAGACUCCGGGAAGAAGAGAGGGCCGCGUCUAAGAUCCAGGCAGGGUUCAGAGGAUAUCAGACACGGAAGGACAUGAGAGGCAGGAAGCCUGCUCCAGCGUCCUCCAGAUCGCCUGCCCGGGAAGACAGCUACGAUGAGCUAGCUCGGGAAAACGCCGCGGCCACAAAGAUACAGUCUCAGUACAGAGGUUUCCGAGCCAGGAAGGAAUACAAACAGCGCAGAGCGCGCUAAGACGCCUCAAGGAGCAGCCUAGGACCGAGUGGGAUUUCCCGAAUAUAAAAAUAGCCACUCUGACAAGCGAGCACCAUGACGUCAUCUGUCUGGCGGACUAGAGGACACCAUUGUGGCUUGAUGCGAGGCCUCAAAAAACAUCAGACAAUACACCUUCUUUUUGGAUGAUGAUGAUGAUGAUGAUGAUGAUGAUGAUGAUGAUGAUGAUGAUGAUGAUGAUGAUGUGUCUAGUAAAGUGUUUAAAACCAUACAAAAUAAGCAUGUUAUAUAAACUAAUGUUUUUUGAGGUUUUUUGUUUGAUUGGUUGUCUUUUGUUUUCAAUCCCUCCUUGGUAAACAUGAAGUUUUAAGUUUUCAAAAUCAUAAUAAGAUUUUUAAAAGUACUAUAUAAAAGAUGCGUACAUUGUAUUAUGUAUGAACAUAUAAUAUGUUGAAAUAGUAGUUUAUACCCUGAACAAAACACAUUAUGUACAAUUUGCCUUCUACUAUAAUAAUAAUAAUAAUAUUAAUAAAAUAAUAAUAAUAAAAAUAAAAAUAAUAUUAUAUCGAAUGAAAUGUAACAUGAGUUUUUAAAAACUCGUACUCUGUAUUUGUAUUAUUUUGUCAGUUCGAUUGUACAUAGAUUGACAUUGAUGUGGUUUGGGAAAACAGUUUGGACUCAAGUGUUGAAAGUUGUUGCCUCCAAGCAGCUGAAUGUUAUCAUCACUUGGAAACAAUUAAUAUUAUUAUAAUACAUUUAUUGUGUGUUACUAGGCGAUCUUUUUUCAAAGGAAACUCACUCUCUCGUGAGUCUUCAAUGACUUGAUUCUGAGACCUUUGAGUCGGGAAUUCUUUCUUAAAGUACUCACUGUAUAAUCACCGCAAAAGGAGCUCUGUUAGCUAGUUCGGUUAUUGCUACACCUAUGAUUUAAUUAAACAACCAUAAAAAGAAGAAGAAAAAAAGAAUGCAAUUAAAACGUUAAAUGUGAGGACACAUCACACUUCAUGAAACAAAAUUUAGAAAUAUCUUGAUGAUUUUUUAAAACAUUUUGCGAUUCGUUUACAAGCUCCUCUCAUCACAAGUUAUACAACUAUAAAAGAAUAUAGUUAAUUUUGUGUAAAAUCAACUAUAAAGCAUUAACUUACACAUUCCUAAUUUUCCGGCAGCUGGUGGGCAUUCUUUUUGUCUGACAGGAAAAGAAAGUUCGUCAGUUUCAUGGACGUGUUAUUUAUAUUAUGGCAACGGUGUUAUACUUUAUAUUAUUCGUCUUGGUUCCAUAUCUCUAGUUUUGAAAGUUUAUUUUAAUUAGUUUAUUUUCUUAUAUAGUUUGCUUGUGAGUUAUUUAUAGCUCAGGUUUGAGGGUUUUGAAUUAUCGAUAAGCAAGUUUCUUUGUUGCAAUCGCACAAAAUUUCAUUGCUUUAGUAUAACAGUGUAUGAGGAGACAAUCAUGCACACGCACCCCCCUCUUUACACACACACAUAUACACACGUCCAGACACACAUAGACAAACGUAUACAUACAUAAUAC